AUGCACCCAAUGAUAUCACGAGAUUACACGCCGAACAAGGCUCAGCCUUCGGUACCUACGGGUACUAGUGCCCCUAAUAAUACCCCAAAGGGAAAGGAAGUACCCUUUGAGAACCAUUUAAAAUCAGUAGAGGACCGUAGUAAUACGAUUGUUGAAAUGGAAUUGGAUCCGAUAUCAUCUUCCAAUAUCGCAUAUAACAAAGAAUAUGCUCGUUCAAUGGAUACGAAUCUUCUUACCUCGGAUAUUUCACGAGAGUCUUCAACAACAAGUGUACAAAGUGCCUUCAUGAAACGUGGUAAAGACUCGGGAAGACGGAAGUCUACUCCUUUUGAAUCAAGUCUGUCGUUGUAUAGCACAGAAUCUACACCAGUGCGUUCAACAGUAGGAGGUGGUUCUAUUAAUAAUGGUAACGGUUCAUUACUUUCAUCGCCAAUGUCACCUCGACAGUAUACUACCCAUCAGGCUCAACAGCGAACUAUCAGUGGUAGCAGUAGAAGUCCCAUGACAUCUAAUCGUAAAUUUAUCGGAGCCUUGACUCCUUUGGUGGCUGGAUCUGUACAAUCUAUAUCUGGCUCUGAUGCCAAGGCCGCGUUAGCUUCCAGUAGCGAAGCCGAUAAAAAGAGACUUGUAGAUCAAUUCUAUAAUUCCGUGAAUGAAUCGAAUCCCGUAAGUCGAGCUUCAAGUAGUUCUGAGUUGGCGCAGCAUUUCAAGAGUACUUCCACCAACUUGCAAUCGCCUACAGCUGAAAAAGCGUUGAAAUGGAUAGAGAACUCCAGUUCAAAUGAAAGUGACCAGAAACCAUUCAAAAUACGAACCACUCCCAAAAUCAUUAACUAUACAGAAGAGAAGUUUAAUAGCAUAAUCAACAAUGGAGGGUUCACAUACACUUCUAACAGUUCAAAGUUGAUAGAGGACCAAGAGCUUACAAAUUACUUAUUAAACAUUGACACAAUUCUAGAGGACCCCAAUAAAGAGAACGACAACAAUGGAAAAAGCAAGCGGCACGACCACCAUAAACAGAACAAGGAUCUGUUGGAACCAUUGGCUACGAUAAUGAAGUCACUUUCUCUGACAUUAGUAGAAAAAUCGAAGUUAAACUUAAUUGACGAUGACGACGAUCACAUUGAAUCGUUGGCACAAUUAAACGGGUUGAGCAAGUAUUUGCUGGACUUGCACAACAGUACGAACGAGUUGCUCCAAAGGUUGAUAUUGAACCGAGAGGAAAUCAAGUCCAAUUAUAGAAGUGAAAUCAAGGAUAGUUUGAACCGACUCAGUGAUCUUUCAGCAGAGCUUAACAACCUAGAGAUAAAGCUUUCAGUGAUCAAGAAUAAAAUAAAUGACAGUAAAACUGUGAUGUCGAGAGAAAUGGCAGAUAAAAUAGAGUUGUUGGAGUAUGUUAAUGACCGAUUCAAGGACUACUCCACACAAAAGAGAAACAUGCGUUUCAAGCAGUACAAUAUUGCAUUAGCUGUCUUAGUGGUGGUGAUAGCAGUUAUGAGAAAUGAAUACAAAAGGGUUACUUAG